AUGGACAGUAACGAGAAAGCCCAGUCAUAUGAAGAUGGCCCCCAUCAGGAGCAGCGGCAGAUGUCGACUGCUAGUGGCCGCCGCCGCUCCACAGUCACGGAUGUUAACAUGAACAAGAAUUUGGACGCCAAAAUCUCUAAUCCUUUAGGUGGUAUCCCAAAGGAUGUUUUGCUCGCAGAUGUUACCGCUUUUGCAGAAGAAACCGGCCUUACCGAGCAUACUGCGAUACUCAGAAAGGGUGCACUUGUCGCCCAAAACCCAGGUGGCUAUGAAAGUCUUGAUCUAGAGGAGGACGAGAAGGAGGCACUGCGAAUUGAAGUCACCAAAAAAUGGAGUCAUCCAUUCAAGUUGUAUAUGACCGUUGCUGUCUGCUCCAUUGGUGCUGCUGUGCAAGGUUGGGAUCAGACUGGUUCGAAUGGUGCAAAUCUGUCCUUUCCCAUCGCCUUUGGAAUCCCUGAUGGCAACACUUUGAGCGAUGGUUCACCCAACCCAGAUGCAGAGAAGAACCUAUGGCUAGUUGGAGUCAUUAACGCCGCCCCGUACAUUGGAUCUGCUUUUAUCGGUUGCUGGCUUUCGGAUCCUGCCAACAAGUACUUCGGCCGACGUGGUGUUAUCUUCAUCUCCGCAAUUUUCCUCAUCCUGACUCCCAUUGGAGGUGCUGUUAGCCAAACUUGGGAACAACUUUUCGCUACUCGUAUCCUUAUGGGCAUUGGCAUGGGUCUAAAAGGCUCAACUACACCUAUUUUCGCCGCCGAAAACUCCCCAGCGGCCAUCCGUGGUGCCUUGGUUAUGACAUGGCAGUUCUGGACGGCCUUCGGUAUUUUCUUGGGCACCGCUGCCAACCUAGCGGUCUACAAUACCGGAAGCAUUUCUUGGCGGCUACAACUUGGAUCUGCCUUCAUUCCAGCACUCCCCCUAGCUGGCCUUGUAUACUUAUGUCCCGAGUCUCCCAGAUGGUACAUCAAGAAGGGACGUUUCUCAGACGCCUUCAAGUCACUUCUCAUUCUUCGAAAUCAUCCCAUCUUGGCAGCUAGAGAUCUUUACUACAUCAACGCCCAGAUCGAGGUCGAGUCAAGCAUCGUUGGUAACACUAACUUUUUCAAGAGAUUCGGCGAGCUUUUCACCAUCCCUCGUGUACGCCGCGCUACCCUGGCGUCUUUUGUUGUCAUGAUUGCUCAACAGAUGUGCGGAAUCAAUAUUGUAGCAUUCUAUUCCUCGACGAUUUUCCGAGAGGCUGGUGCUAGCGACCUCGCUGCUUUGCUCGCCAGUUUUGGAUUCGGUGCGGUCAAUUUUGUCUUUGCCAUUCCCGCCUUCUUCACCAUCGACACCUUUGGACGGCGAAGUUUGCUACUUUUCACGUUCCCACAGAUGGCCUGGACGUUGCUCGCGGCCGGCUUCUCAUUUUAUAUUCCCAAGGAGAGCUCUGCUCACCUGGGCGUGAUUGCUCUUUUCGUUUAUCUGUUCGCGGCAUUCUACUCACCGGGAGAAGGUCCAGUACCCUUCACAUACUCGGCAGAAGUCUUUCCCUUGUCUCACCGUGAGGUGGGUAUGGGUUGGGCCGUGGCUACCUGCCUUUUCUGGGCUGCGGUACUAUCAAUCUGUUUUCCCCGAAUCUUAGAUGCCUUCACCCCAACCGGUGCAUUUGGUUUCUUUGCUGGCCUCAAUAUCCUGGCGCUCAUUAUGAUUUUCCUAUGGCUUCCAGAGACCAAGCAACGCACACUUGAAGAACUUGACUACGUCUUUGCUGUGCCAACAGGAACUUUCGUCAAGUACCAGACCGGCACAUGGCUUCCGUGGUUCAUCCAACGCCAUGUGUUCCGCCGCAAGGAUGCGAAGCUGAAGCCGCUCUAUCAUUUUGAAGGUGUCAAAGAGAAUCUUACGGACGAACAAAUUAAGAACAAUACCCAUGAGGAGUUGCGGAAGUAA